AUGGCUACAACAGUCCAGGUAUCCAGCUGCCUCAUGGAGCCAGAGUCUUUGCUAACCCACAGUAUCCCACCUGACUUUGGAAAUCAUCCCUGGGGUUAUGGAGGAGCUACACCUGUGCACAUCACCGGUCAACAAUGUUAUAAUAAUACCAGCAGAAAGAAGAGUAACGUUCGUCUCAAUGACCAACUCAUACCAAAGCCAACUGACAUAAAUCUAGCGGAGAAAAUGAUACAGAUUGCCACUCCAAAAGAGCAUCCCUAUUCAUCUCACAUCUCUCGGUUUGCAAUGUUCCCAUCCUUCCGCUCUCCAGACGACCCGGAAACAGGAGUCCGAGCUGCUUCCCGGCCUUUCCUCAACCUCAUUAUCCCAAACGGUGCACCGGACGUCAGUCUGCUGAGCAAAACAAAAGGUGCUCCAUAUAGACAUGAGAUCAUAGAAACACCAGUGAAAACCAAGAAGAAGGCCGUUACAUGGACAGGAGAGCAUGGCUUCUAUGACAAAACAAAACCACUGAAGGGAGAGAACCAGGUUUUCUACCCGACUCCUCCGAAGACGGUGCUGCCCAACCCUAAACUUCGUGACUGGGAUUUUUCAUUAUCGGAGCGAACGAGCAACAUGCUGAAAAACUUGGAGAAGUCACUUUGGGUCACCUCUUACCAAAUGCACUACACUGGAUCGGGGCCAGCAAACCCUUUGAGGAUGGAUGAUUUCAAGGAUAAAAUGAUCACAGGGAUUAAUUCACACACUGCACCACUGCGAGAACGUUCCCAUCCUGUAUUUGUUCCCUCUAAAUCCAAACAAGGAUGUAGAAGAAGACAGGGGAGGAGCACCUGCAGUCCCUCUCCUGCUGAACUCCUAAAUGCAUCUCUAAACCAACGCUCUGCCUCAGCUACUGUAAACCAACACGGGCCACGAGAGAUCACAGCUACGCAUAAUGAGGCACCGGAUCCAAACCAAAUGGGUCAGAGUCAAUCAGAGUACAGCGCCGGCUCCGCAGAAGCUCAGCACACCACGGUGUCCCAGGCGAUCCUACACGAACGGCAAACUCACAGCAAAAGCUCUGUGUACGAGGGCACAGAGAGGGAGAACUGCAAAGUCCGGUUUGAUGAAAGUUUUAUGCGAGGAUCUGUGUCGCAGAGCAGCCAAGAGGCUAACGCUGCCCGGAUCUCAAACACGGAGCGACCCCAGGACCUGUACAGCCGCCCACAUUCCCAGGGAGAGAUAGAAGCCGACAUAAAGCAAAGCCUGAUGGAGCUGUGUGGAAAAGAUGCACCGAGUAGCAAAAAAGAGGAUCAACGUAGCUGUGUGAAAUCGCAGUUGUUAUCAGGGGCAUCUUCAGGGCAGGAGGGACUAACAGAGCCGCUGCAUGGUAUCUCUAAUCCGAGCAUCCUGCCAAGGCCUCCUGUCCUGCCAAGCAUUCGCCCGGUGGACAGAUCUGGGAAUGUGGGACGAGAAGAAGCAGCUCCAAGCCUCCUGGACCUUCAAAACUCAUUUAGUAAGACGGAGGCCCAUCGUAACUUCAACAGCUCCAUCACGCGAGCUGCAGUGGACCUGAGGGACAACGUGCACAGAGGCAGGAAACACGACUUCUACGGGAUCAACUGCAACUACAUCCACUGA